AUGUCCGAACAUCAUGUAAAACACAAUGGCAACACAAAAACUAGCACCGAUAGCGACAAUGUUAUUAGCCAUAGCCAGCCAAAUGCGCAAACAAUAUCAAAUUUAUCAGUAGGGUUGAAAUCUGUAUCGAUAGCGGAUCAACAACAGAAUGAAUUGAACUUGAAGCUUUUACAGCAACAGUUACAGAAUGAAACAACACACUCGUCGCGGGAUAAUCUACAACAACAACAGCAACAACAGCAACAACAGCAACAACAGCAGCAACAGCAACAACAGCAACAACAACAACAGCAGCAACAGCAACAGCAGCAACAACAACAACACCAACACCAACACCAACAACAAUCAAGAAUAACGCAAUUUUUCCAAAACCAGCCUACCGAAGGGUACACCUUGUUUUCACAUAGAUCUGCACCCAACGGAUUUAAAGUAGCGAUUAUAUUAUCUGAAUUGAAUCUACCAUUCAACACUAUUUUUCUUGAUUUCAAUGACGGAGAACAACGAGCUCCUGAGUUUGUUACCAUAAAUCCGAAUGCAAGAGUACCUGCACUAAUAGAUCAUUAUAACGAAAACACAUCAAUAUGGGAGUCGGGAGCCAUUAUAUUGUAUCUUGUUAACAAAUUCAUUAAGGAAAAUAAUGGAGAAUGUACCUUGUGGAGUGAUAAUAUUAUUGAACAAAGUCAAAUAAAUUCAUGGUUAUUCUUUCAAACGAGUGGCCAUGCACCGAUGAUUGGACAAGCUUUGCAUUUCAGAUACUUUCAUUCCGUUCCUGUACCUAGUGCGGUUGAAAGAUAUACCGAUGAAGUUAGGAGAGUCUAUGGUGUUGUGGAAAUGGCAUUAGCCGAGAGAAGAGAAGCAUUAAUUAUGGAUUUAGAUGUGGAAAAUGCUGCCGCUUACAGCGCGGGCACAACACCCCUAUCGCAAUCGAGAUACUUUGAUUACCCGGUGUGGUUAGUCGGAGACAGAGCAACAGUUGCCGAUUUAUCAUUCGUGCCUUGGAAUAAUGUAGUUGAUAGAAUUGGAAUCAAUUUAAAAGUAGAGUUUCCCGAAGUUUAUAAAUGGACAAAGUAUAUGAUGAGAAGACCUGCUGUCAUUAGAGCAUUACGUGCAUCGAUUAAAUUUUUUUCCAGGAGCAGAGAAAGAAGAGUAAAGAAGAAAAGACAAGAGCAGACAAGAGUAAAGAAGAGCAGACAAGAGCAGACAAGAGUAAAGAAGAGCAGACAAGAGCAGACAAGAGCAGACAAGAGUAAAGAAGAAAAGACAAGAGCAGACAAGAGCAGACCGGAAAUGAGUUCUGAAUUUAUUCUAGGCCCAGAUGCACGCCGACAGACUCAAAAGUCCUUGCGAGCUUUGAAGCAACAUUUGAAAGAAACGACAAACGUUCAUUCUUUAAUAUACCUCACUAUCAAUGUAAAAACGAAGCUAGCCAAAUCCAAAGACUACAAACCUAGAGUUGUUCCCCUUACUUAUAAAUUAGACAAAGUGCCAAACAAGUCUAUUCUGCUAAUUACCAAAGAUCCAUCAAAUGUUUAUCGAGAUGUGCUAUUGGCUAAGGACUCGCCUACUGAAUAUUCAUUCAAUGAGAUUAUAUCUUUGAAAAGACUCAAGUCAAUGUCUAAACACCACAAGUUGUUGAUCAAACUAUAUAAAGAAAAUGACAUACUUGUGGUUGACAAUAGGAUACAAAAGUUUCUACCUGAAAUUUUAGGCCCUAUGUUUUAUCAAAAGAAGAAGAAGGUUCCAUAUAUGAUUCAAAUGGCAAAGCCAGAACCUUCUUUACGCCGCCAACAGCAGCAGCAACAGCAGCAACAGCAACAGCAACAACUAAGAAUAUCAAAGCAAAAUAAACUCAAAGAUGAUAGGUGUGACGCGAAAUAUGUAUAUGCUCAAUUAAAGUCCAUCGUGGGGAACACUUCAUAUUUACCAACAGUUAAUCCCGGCGAUGUAAUAUCGUUAAAAAUCGGCUAUGCAGACUGGGAAACGGACAAAUUGCUAACAAAUAUUAAUGACGUAAUCAGCUACUUGGUUGAUGAAAAGUACAGGCCCGUAGGAGGUAUUUUGGUUUUAGAUAACUUGGGAAGUAUUCAUGUAAAAAGUGAGGAUAGUAUUAGUUUAACUGUUGUUGCGGCUGCGGAGGAAGAACAGGAGGAAACCAAAAUUGAUGAAGAUAACAGUGAUUUCGACUUUUAG